AUGGCUCAAAAGGCAAAGAAGGACUUGGCCAAGUCCAACACCGCGUCCCUCAACAGCCUCCACAUCGGCACCGCCACCGUCCACGCCAUCUUCCUCGCCUUCAACUUCCUCAUCCGCUCCCGCUCUCUCCUCGCCUACGCCCUACUCUCAGCCCCGAGUCUGAUAUGCGAGUAUGUCCUGGAGAGGUCGGGCAGACCCCGCUACGACCCGUCUACCAAGGCUCUCAGGUCCUCGGGCGAGGAUCUCCACGCCCAGGGUCUGACGGAGUACAUGUUUGACGUCGUCUGGGUGACGUGGGCGUCGCUUGUGCUCGUUGUGCUCUUCGGUAACUGGGGGUGGCUCCUCUGGACCGUGCUCCCCGCUUACGGUCUCUAUCUCGGAUCCGGGCUGCUGGGUAUGGGAAGGCAGAAGAUGGCCGAGUUGCAGGGCGGAGGCUUUGACGCCUCUGCUGCUUCUGCUGGUGUUCCUCCUACGAACGCCAAGGGGAACCGGAAGCCGCGGAGGAGCGCAUAA